AUGCAUAUCUUAAGUUUAAAUUUUGAUAAAAUUUUGGUUAUAGAAGAAAUUGAAGAUGAUUUUUUUUGCUCGAUAUGCAACAAUUUAAUGUAUAAAAAUUUCCAAUGCACAAAUGGUCAUAUUUAUUGUGUAUCAUGUACAGAAACAAUUAAAGGUAAAAACGGUGGGUGUCCAGAGUGUAGAGUCGAUUUUAAUACAACAUCAAUAAACAGGUAUUUAGAAAGACAAAUAAAUAAAUUAAAAAUAUUUUGCCCAAAUAAAUUUUAUAAUACAACAGAUUAUAUUGCAGACGAAAAAUAUGGAUGUAAACAUGAAUGUACAAUAGAAGAGUUAGAAUCACAUUUAAAGGUUUGCGAGCACUCAUUUGUAAAAUGCCCAAAUAAUAUAGAUUGUGUAAAGAUUAGAAAAACAUUGUUGGAUCAGCAUCUCAAAGAGUGUGAUCUUAUCAAAGUCGAGUGCGAGUUAUGUAAAGAGAAUUUAUUAAAAGUAAACCUACAGAGACAUUUGGACACAGAGUGCCUCAAAGCAGAUAUGACAUGCAACUGUUCUUUGGUAUUAAAAAGACAGGAUCUACAAGAACAUCUAUCUACAGUUUGUUCUAUGCACCCAGUGGAUUGUUUAUACGCUAAAUUUGGAUGCACUAAAAAGGUCCCAAGGUGCGAAAUAGAUGACCAUACUCAAAAGUAUAAUCACCAUUCUAUUAUUAUAAAGAAGUUUGAUCAGUUAACUUUAGACUUGGAGUCAGCUCAAAAGAAAUUAAAUUUAUGUUCAAGAAAGUUUCAAGGUAUUUGGACCAUCAGUAACUGGCAAAAGCGUUGUAUCGAUACCAAAAAGGGCGAGUUUUUAGCAUUACCAAUCGAAAUAGGCUCAAGAAAUUUUCAAAUUCAAUUAUAUCCAACUGGUAAAACAAAUAGCGAUGGAAGUGUUUCAUUAUUUGUUUAUAACUAUUCCGGAAGUGACGUUACUGCCACAUUUUCAUUUGAAGUUCUAAACAAGGGAAUUAGGAAAGGUUAG